AUGUUGGAGAAGACAUCAGCACCUUCUGGCGCCAAGCCAUUCAAAAAAUACAGGCUGGGACAAAUAAAAGUAGCCCUGAGAAGAGUACCAGGGUGCAAAGGGAAACUAAGAGAGGAAAGUAAAUGCAGUACUAAUCCUACUAUAACAGAUGUUGAAAGUGACCACAAUUGCAGCCAGUUAAAGCUAAAUGCCUGCUUUCCAAUAAGAUAUGCUGUGGCUGUGUUGGGGUUCCUUGGAAUUGCUUUCCAAUAUAUGCUAAAGGUCACACUGUCAGUAGCGAUUGUGGGAAUGGUAUCCAAACCUGACAAGGACGAAGAUGCAGUUCUUGAUGAUACAUGUCCCGUCACAGUGACUAACACAAGCUCAAGUUCACAGACUGGAGAAUUCGAUUGGGAUGAGGAAAUGCAAGGUCAUAUUCUGUCUUCAUAUUAUUAUGGAUAUGUGGCAAUGCAGAUAGUUGGUGGCCACAGUGCUGCGAAGUUUGGUGGGCGGUGGGUGUAUGGAGCAGGACUCUUUGCUGCAGGGCUCCUCACACUUUUGGGGCCACUAGCAGCAUAUGCUGGACCUGUAGUCUUCAUGGUCUCACGCAUAGGUGUUGGACUUGCUUCUGGAGUAAUAAUUCCUGCAAUGCAUGUGAUGUUUACAAAAUGGUUUCCCGACCAUGAACGUCAGAGACUAUCUGGUGCCAUAUUUUCAGGUUAUUAUCAGAUGUUUACUAUUAUAUAUGAAUUGUUUACUUUUCUUGAAGGAAAAGUAAGAGCUAAAGCAAACUACAUGGGUACCCUACUUUCAAUGGCAGUAUCAGGAACAAUGGUGAAGAACUUGGGAUGGCCCUCUGUAUUUUACGUUUUUGGUGGUAUUUCAACAGUUACAAUAAUUCCAUGGGUAUACUUUGUAUACAGUGAACCUGAAUCUCAUCCAAGAAUUACAGAGAAAGAAUUAAGAUAUAUUCUGGAAAAUACUGGAUGUAGUAUGAAAGAAAAGAGUAGCAAAGAGCCAGCGGACAGCCAGGAUAAUUCAAACAGAACUAAUCCAUGGAUUAUGAUACCAUUGACUCCUGGCAUGUGGGCACACUGUCUUGUUCUAUUUGCUGUUGGAUGGGUCAACUACACAUUGCUUUCAGAAUUACCAACAUAUAUGCAAAACAUUUUACACUUUGACAUUGAUGAGGCUGGAUUUAUAUCUGCACUGCCUUACUUAUUUGGUUGGAUGAGCUGCAGCAUAUACAGUUUCCUAACACAGUGGUUCAUACAAAAGGGCAUGCGUAAGAUUGUUGCUUUCAAAAUAUGGGAUGCAAUAGCCUGUAUUGGACCUGCACUUUGCCUGUUGGGAGUGACACUUCUCGGAUGUGAUGUGACAGGAAUUGUUGCGAUGUUUGUCCUCACAAUGGUUACACGGUGUGCAAUUUAUGGAGGUUCAUACCUAAACCACAUUGAUAUGUUUCCUCAUGCUGCUGGAACUGCAGCAGGAAUUGCACAGACAUUCAUCACUGUCCCAGGAAUUAUAACACCACUUGUUACAAGUGCAUUCAUUUCUGGACAGGCUGUGAUACUGGCAAAAGCAUCUAACCCAAAAAAAGCAGCAGAACCAAGUUCCACACCUGAAGAUAUUCAAGAUACAACAAGAAGAACUGGGCACUGGAAACCAGAAGCAGUACCUACAGGAGACCCACUAAGGACAUCAGCAGAUCCAGUCUCAAAAGUAUCACCAAAGGAGACCAACUAA